GAGGGAGCACGAAGCAGAGGGGAGGGGAAGGGACGCAGUCAUUCGGAUUCAUUAACGACCACUGACAACCGGGAAGCCUCCUCCUGUAGCAUCACUCACACAAACCCACACACACACACAAAACACCGGGAAGAAGAUGGUCGCGGUGCGGGCGUCCCCGACUUCGUCCCCGUCAGCGGAGUGGAUCUGCUGUCUGGAUAAAAGGCCCUCGGAGCGCUCGGGAGAGGAUGUGGACAUUAUUCUGACCAGACUUAGGGAGGUCAAAGCCUUUCACAGGUUCCCGACUCCACUGUUACUGCAGAUAUGUGCCUGUGCCUUCUAUGAAUGUCUGGAGAAAGGCAUCACAUUGUUCCGACAGGGAGACAUAGGCACCAGCUGGUAUGCUGUUCUCUCUGGUUCCCUGGAUGUCAAAGUGUCAGAAACAGCCAACCACCAGGAUGCAGUCGCUAUCUGCACACUGGGGAUUGGGACAGCGUUUGGGGAGUCGAUCCUGGACAACACACCACGCCACGCUACCAUUGUCAGCAGAGAGACCAGUGAGCUGCUCCGCAUCGAACAGAGGGAGUUCAAGAGUCUGUGGGAGAAGCAUCGUCAGAGCCUUGCUGGACUGUUGGCCCCUCCCUAUGGAGCAAUGGAGAGUGGAUCCAACAAUGACAGACUCGCAGACAAAGACAACAUUAACUCCGACUCUGCAAACAAAGCUCACAACAAGAUCCCCUCAGAGAAACUGCAGAGGGCGGGGAAGGUUCUCCGCAAUGCCAUCCUGUCCAGAGCUCCACACAUGAUUCGAGACAGGAAGUACCACCUCAAGACGUACAGACAGUGCUGUGUUGGCACAGAGCUGGUUGACUGGCUGGUGCUGCAGAGUGCAUGUGUGCUAACACGGUCCCAUGCUGUUGGCAUGUGGCAGGCACUGCUGGAAGAAGGAGUGCUUAACCAUGUGGACCAGGAGCUGGGUUUCCAGGACAAGUACCUGUUCUAUCGCUUUCUGGACGAUGAAGAGGAAGACACGCCGUUGCCUAGUGAGGAGGAGAAGAGGGAGAGUGAGGAAGAGUUGCCCGAGACCAUCCUCUUCCUUGCCCAGAUUGGCCCUGAUGCACUGCUGCGAAUGAUUCUCAGGAAAUCGCCUGGUCAGAGGACAGGGGACGACUUAGAGAUCAUCUAUGAUGAGCUGCUUCACAUCAAGGCCUUAGCUCACCUCUCCAACACUGUGAAGAGGGAACUGGCAAGUGUUGUGAUCUUUGAGUCACAUGCAAAAGCUGGAACAGUGUUGUUCAAUCAAGGAGAGGAGGGCACAUCGUGGUACAUCAUCCAGAAAGGCUCCGUCAAUGUAGUCAUCUAUGGCAAGGGUGUGGUGUGUACGCUCCACGAGGGUGAUGACUUUGGGAAGUUGGCACUGGUUACGGAUUCACCUCGUGCUGCCUCCAUUGUUCUGAGAGAGGACAACUGCCACUUCCUUCGUGUGGACAAGGAAGACUUCAACAGGAUACUCAGGGAUGUGGAAGCCAACACUGUGCGUUUAAAAGAACACGAACAAGCUGUGCUGGUGUUAGAAAAGAGUCCUCGAACCUCCACCCUGGGGAGCAUCAAGUACACUGUGAUAUCAGGAACCCCAGAGAAGAUUCUUGAACACUUCCUCGAGACCAUGAGGGUGGACAUACAUCACAAUGAACCAGACCCAGCAGUGGAUGAUUUUGUCCUCAUGCACUGUGUCUUCAUGUCCAACAGCCAGCUCUGCCCUCUACUCAUGGCACACUACCACGUGGCAUCUCCGCCAGGCUCUGAGCAGGAGAGGCUUGAGUAUGCACUCAACAACAAGAGGAGGGCCCUCAUUCUAGCUCUGCGCUGGGCUAGCACACACUCCUACCUGCUGCAGGAGGAGCCCGCUGCUAUCUCUUUCUUGGAGGAGUUAUACGGAAGUUUAUUGAAUGAUUCUCGGAUGCUGAGAGCUCUGAAAGACUUUGUUCCUGACCUGGAAAAAAUUGUCAAAUUACAUUCAGAAGAAGCCAAAUCAACAAAAAGGAAAACAUUAAUACGACAGUUCAGCAAUGGAGAGGAAAGACUGCAAAAGAAACAGCCCAUUAGGAAUCAGGAUGACAUCCUACUGAAGGUCUACUGCAGUGACCACACAUACACUACGAUCCGGGUUGCUGUGGCAGCAACAGGACGAGAAGUUAUUGGUGCUGUGGCCGACAAACUUGGCACGAGUGACGAGCUGGUGUUGAUCCACCUCAGCUCUGCUUGUGAAAAACAAAUCUUGAAGCCAAAUGACGUGUCGGUGUUUUCUUCUUUGAACAUCAAUGGCCGAUUAUUUGCCUGUCCACGAGACCAGCUUAGCAGUGUGGCUCCUCUUCCAGACCAGGAGGGCCCCUCUGCAGGCUCCAUGUCAACUUUUGAGCUGAUGAGCUCUAAGGACCUGGCUUACCAAAUGACCAUGUUUGACUGGGAGCUCUUUAGCUGUGUACAUGAGCACGAGCUACUCUACCACACGUUUGGCCGACAAAGCUUCAGAAGAACAACAGCUAACUUGGACUUGUUCCUGCGGAGAUUCAACCAGGUUCAACUGUGGGUUGUCACUGAAGUCUGUCUCUGUGGACAGCUCAGCAAAAGAGUCCAGCUCCUCAAGAAGUUCAUCAAGAUAGCUGCACACUGUCGAGAGUUUAAGAACCUGAAUUCGUUCUUUGCCAUUAUUAUGGGGAUGAGCAAUCCUGCUGUCAGCAGACUGAGCCAGACGUGGGAGAAACUCCCCACAAAGUUUAAGAAGUUCUACGCUGAGUUUGAGAGCAUGAUGGACCCAUCCAGAAACCACAGGUCCUACCGACUCACUGUUACCAAACUGGAGCCGCCAAUCAUCCCCUUUAUGCCCCUCCUUCUUAAAGACAUGACAUUCACACAUGAGGGCAACAAGACAUUCAUUGACAAUAUGGUCAAUUUUGAGAAAAUGCGUCUUAUAGCUAACACUAUUCGACAAGUGAGACAUUGUAGAAGCCAACCUUUCAAUCCAGACAUAUGCCAACCAAACAAAAACCAAGCAGAGGUGCGGGGUUACGUCAGGAAGCUCUGCGUCAUUGACAACCAGAGGGCGCUGACGCAGCUCUCCUAUAGGCUGGAGCCUCGGCGGACAUGAGCUCCACAUCUUAAAACCACAAUCGCCUUCUCUGUGACACUAGCAGCAAAAGACAAAAACACACAAAUGACCCGGAUGAAAUAACACAACUGGAUGUUCAGUAGCAAAUCACAACACUCAGUGACAUUAUCACUCUUAUGGACUAUUAUGAAUCAAGGACAUAUACUGUGCCAUUAAAAGCCUCUUCCUCCUGGACAGACACACUGUUCAGUUGCUCUCCUGUCGCUGUGACUGAUGGUUUAAACCACAUUAGCUGUCACUCGUUGGGACCUGUUAGAUAGAAUUGUAAUGUAUAGAACUGGAAUCAGUAUCCUGCAUGACUGAACUUCAUUGGCUUUUUGUUCUAUACAGUGGAUUUCUAUCGGCGUGUCCUGUAAUGUUGUGCUACCCAAGAUUUGUCCUUGUUUACAUUAUAUUACUGUACUUGCCUGUAAAGCAAACUUUACUCUCUUGACAGAUGUACUCGUGGACAGUCACUGAGAACCGCAUAGUCUGUAGUGAAAAUUAGACUCCUCAUUGUCCCUGGUGAAUACAUGGAUGGGUAUAACAUCUGAAAGCACUUAUUUACUUCAUAAUCUACUGGAGUAUGUCAAGUCUUUGAGAGUCUUUAGGAUUUGGUGUCCUUUAGGUGAAUAUUGGUGUCCCUUUACUAGUCAGGCAAAUUUCAAAACUAUUCACAAGAGUAUUAGUUGAAUUAAAGCCUUUCUUCCGAGCAGUGUUCAAAUUUGUCAAUAUACUGUGUUUCAUUUUUGCAGUGGAGGACACCUUAUGAUUACAAAUGAUCCUAGAUGAGGAGGUUACUUGGUCGAAUCUGUUUAGCUGGAUGACCUUGUUGUGUCACUUUGAUUUGGAAGCAGUGACCGUGGAUAGAUGGAGUCUAAAAAGCAUCUCAAGAACCUUGUCAUCUCCCAGCUGUGUUCAGUCCGUGUAAUUUUAUUUUUGUAUAAAAGGGUGUAGAGUUUGAGCGUGUUCUUGACAAGUGUCAUUCAUUUUCUUUUUGAUCUCAGGAGCUUUUGAUGUGAUGGUGUUUGUCGAGAACUGCAGCGAUGCUGCCUCCCCCCGUCCCCCCAGAGCUGCCUGUAAGUGUACUGUUUGUGUAGUCUGCCUUGUAAAUAAUAAUAAAAAAAAAGCUAAUUUAACAGUG